AUGCUUGUGAGCCAAGUGCUGGUGAGCAACGCGAUGGCGAUUUUCAUCGCAACGACUUCGCUCUACACAAUAAUGCCGUACCGAGCGGUUUUCCUCGUCGGAGGAGCUGUUCGAUGGGGCGCAACUGGCACCGUCGCCAUUUUCCUCAUUUUGAUGGUCCUCGGCUCGACGUCAUUUUUCCUGAUGGCCUAUGGGUUCCUUCGCAACUUUGUCAUGUCUUCCGACAUCCGGUUCCCCUGUUGUCAUCGGAAGGACAAUCUUCGGAUGCUCAAUCGAUAUUUCGUCCUUUUCUGCUUUUUGGCCUUCAUUUAUAGCGCCGUCAUGUGCUUGUGGGUCAUAUUCCUCUCACUUCAAAAAAAAACUCGAUUUUGAGCAAAAUUUCUAGGGAAAAUUGCAGUUUUCAUCUUUUUGAACACAAUUUCCCGAGCUUGAAAGACCAUGAUCCUAUCUAAAAUGGCACAAAGCAUAGAAUUGAGUAUCAGCUAUUUACAACAACGCUAAAGCGAAAGUAGUUUCUAGUCGGAGGCGCAUUUAUGUAUGAACAAGGGUUAUCAAGUUAUUUGAGAUGAUUUAAAAGUUCAUUUGAAGUAUUUCAUGCCCUUGUGACAGUGAUCUGAAAUUGAUAAAACUAAUUCUUGACCGUUAUCAGAUGGUGAGAAAAAAAGGACAGAAGUUUGAAAAGAACAGCAAAAACGCUACGAUUUUUGGUGAGAAAACUUGGAAUUUCGAAUUUUCGUUAUUGACAACCUUAUGAAGCAAGAAAAUAAGGUUUUCGAUUUUCAUUUUCAAAACUUUAAAAAAGUUCGGCUGAAAUGAAAUACGUUUCAGGCCGGAAUAUUAAAGAAUUUAAAAAAGUGAAGCGUGUUCGAGAUCGUGCUGCUUGCGUUGAAUCAAUUUCAUUUUUCAGUUUCAUCAUCAACUGGAACCAGUCGGAAUUAGAACAGAGAAUUUACGAGAGAGAUCCGCGGCUUCGCCAGAUAUUCGAGCAAACCUGUCUCUACGUCAUCGUACUGUACCCUACCGUAAUCUUCACCGGUGUCUCUCUUAUAUUACUGUUUCUAUUCGUUUGCAUCUCCAUGCCCAUCAUCAUAUUCAAGUUCGACCUUUGAGUUUUCCGAAUUCUGAAGAAAGUUUCAGAACGAAGUACAAUAUCCAACGGAAACACGCGGUGACGUCGAGGAAGGUUCAGCAGAAUCAACAAAUGGUUCUGAGGAUGCAGACGACGUAUUAUGUCCUCUACAUUCUUUUCAUGGGCUCUCCCAUGAUGAUCAAUAUUUUCAUCGGUUAUUUCGACUUUCAGAAUGUGACUAAGUGAGUUUGAGAACCAGAAAAGUGGGGUAUUUUUCAUAAAAUUCAGAUAUUUGCGAUAGUUUUUCGGAGUCUAAUUUAUUCUACUGGGAAAUUUUUUGAGUGGCCACUUUAGGGUUUCGACCCCACUAUGGUAGUCCAAUCAGUGGCCCUGAAGUGGUUAAAAUUUAGCCCCUCUUUUGGGACUAGACCACUGUGAGCUACUAUAGUGGCCACUUAGAAAUACUGGGUUCCAGAGUGGUGGUUCUGGUGGCCCCUUAGGAGUCCUCUUCAAGUAGCCCUUGAGAAACCUCUUAAGUGGCCACUAGAGUGUUCCCAUUUUUUCUUUUUUUUUAAGUGCUCCUUCAUGUAUAUUUUAUUCCACUCUGGAUUAACAUAUCGUGGACGGAUUUGGACUGGCUCAAAGCGUUGCGGUCGCGUCGAGCUGAAGGUUGAGAAACCAACUCUAAUGAUUUUUGAUGACUCCUCGCGAAAUUCGCUUUAGGUCGGGAGCUUCAAAAGAGCCAUUCCACGUGUGACAGUUUGAAACGGAGUGAAAGCUCUUUUAAAGAAACUUUAAAAAAAUAUGAAUUAUUAUAAGUUACAAGAUCGAAAAAUUUCUAAUAUUCGCGGCUUCAGGUACCCACUAGUGAUGCUAAACUUGGUGCCGGGCCAAUUGGUCGGCGCUUGUCUCUGCCUGACCUACCUGAUUCUCAUCCGACCCUACCGAAACGCAACAUUCGGACUGUUGAAGAGGAAGAAGAAGCUGAUGAAAGACGCUUUCCAGUUGUUUUCCGUCACGAAAACUUCGAACAACGUCCCCAGCACCUUCACGGUGUCCGUCUGA